GAGCGGCGCCCUCUCCCACCCCUCCUCGCUCUAUCACCCUGGAGGACUGAGACGUCACACGCACAAGCGCGGGAACACAAAUUUGGACAGAUCGGUGUAUGUGUGUUCUGUCACCCCCGGAGGACCGGGGCCGGGGGAGCCAUGAGGCUGCAGUGUGAGGUGGAAGUCAUUAACCGGAUGCUGCCCACCUUCGGGAUGAGGAACAGAGGGAAGGGCGCCCGGGCUGUGCUGUCUGUGGGCAGACAGGAGGAGAAGAAGGGCUCCGGACAGCGGGGACUCAUCUACCUGAUGAUCUGCACCCUGAAGGACAAGGCCGGCUCCAGGUACAAGCUACAAGAAAACAUCGAGAACUUGUUUUCCAAGUUUUUAAAUGAAGGCAAAGCAACAAUAAGGCUUAAAGAACCAGCUGUGGAUAUAUGUCUCAGUAAGGCAGAUGUCGGCAAUCUAAAGAACUUUCUUUCCGCCGUGGGCUUGGCACAUAGAGGCACCGACGCAAACCCAGUGCCGUUGUCCCGUCUGAUUCCUGCCAAAACCUCGGAAAUUGAAAAACCCCGAGCUAAGCUGAUAAUUACCUGCAAGAGAGAUUAUCCGCUCACAAAGAACUUCCCCUAUUCUUUGGAGCAUCUUCAGGUCUCUUUCUGCAAGCUGGCUCGGGUUGACAUGAGAAUGCUGUGCUUGAAGAGGCUUCAGAAACUUGACCUAAGCAACAACCACAUGAAGAAACUGCCCAAGACAAUCGGCGACCUUGUGUGUCUCCAGGAAUUGACUCUCAACAACAAUUUCCUAGAGUCCUUCGAGGUGGAGCUGUGUCAUUCCACCCUCCGAAAUUCUCUGAAGGCUUUGGAUCUCAGUGACAAUAAAUUGAAAGCGCUCCCAGUUCAAUUCUGCGAUCUCCGAGAACUUGUAAGUCUGAAGCUCGAUGGCAAUGAACUUAUCCAGCUGCCUUUUGGCAUAGGAAAGCUGUCUAAACUACGCUUCCUCUCGGCCACCAAAAACAAGCUGCCUCAUCUCCCCAACAGCUUCAGGAUGCUGGUGCUUGAGAAACUCGACCUGUUUGGCAAUCCAUUGGUAACGGCAACUCCAAUGGUUCCCGACAUUCAGCUGAAAGUCCCUCUAAGUCUAUUGGAAACGACUUCAAGAGCAACUAUUAAUUACAGAAUCCCAUAUGGACCGCAACUCAUUCCCAGUCAUCUGUGUCGAGAUCUAUCCAUGGCUAAAACAUGCGACUGUGGCGGACCGUGUCUGAGCUCCUUCAUCCAGACCAUUGUGUCGGUAAAUCUACAUAAGGUGUCUCAGUCGGUGGUCCUGGUGGACUCCAUGGGGGGCACUGAAGCCCCCAUUGUCUGUUAUUUUUGUUCUCUCACCUGUUAUUCUCUUUUUCUGGAUAAAUACUUGCAGAGCAUUAGGAUGUAAAGCUAAAGAGGUGUGUGGCAUAUUGAAGGUUUUUAGAAAUGGCUGACACCAUUGGCUGGACUUGCUGGGGCUUCUAGUUUUGCAGCAGGGAAGGGCACUGUGGCCCCCCAAGUUAGACCUUUGUCUUCAUUAUGUCGGAGUGCCUUAUACCUCAGUGGUGCCUCUGACUCCUAACACACAGAUGGCCGACAGUGGCUUCCAGUCUACAUUUUCUGUUUCAGAACUGCUAUGGAGCAAAGUAACCCUACUUAUAAAAGAAGAUACUGCACAGACGGCUGUUACCCUACCAGUAAGGAGCCAAUCUGCCCCUUGGAGUUAAUGGGGUACCUUCUGACAUCAGGGUGGUUGCCAGGUAUCCAAUGGCCAGCAAACAGAACAAUCCUCUGGCAUCAAGGUUUCCCCAACCUGUGCAAGCCCUUUUUCAUUUUUCCAUUUAUGCGCCAUCUUGUGCCUUGGUAUCAGCACCAGUAGCUCCCAUGUUGUUGAGGUGAGCCAUGCAUUGGCCUUCUAUCCUGUCAUUUUACUGAACAAGGCCUGGAGUCUAAUUUCCUGCUAAUAGUCAAUAUCCAUGGAAUUCGGCAAGGAAAAGGAAGCGAUUUUCAGUUUCAUGACUUCAAGAAAAGAAAUUAUCUGAUUGGUUGCUGGUUUGCUGCUCUUUAAUAUCAGAUCUUCAAGCCAGACAAUAGUGCAAGGCAAAGUAGUGACAUGUUUUGGAGUGUUCAUUAAUACAGAGGUAAUGUACUGCUGGCCACUGCAGGGAAAAGAUUUGUUUCAUGUCACCUGUGGUCCCAUGUAUGUUUGUGAAAGAAAAACUGUCUGCUUCCCAUAGACACUCAUUACAAUUUUCUGUUUUUACAAUCUAACUUUGACUGCCGAUAUCAAAGGGAAACUGGCCAACCUGCAACAGAGUGGAUAACUAACACACAUGGUGAUUGUAUUCAUUAUGUUCCUGUUAUUUUACAUGCCUUUCAUUUAUAGCUUUCCCCCCGAUAUACAUGCAGGUGAAGCUCUUCCGUAAAAGUGACAGGGGUUGUAUAACGCUGCUAUAGUGAAAAAUCUAGGAGAUCCGCACGGCUCCAUGACGGAAAAAAUAAAUAAAAAUAUUUUUUAAAAUUUCCAAUAAGCACCAUAAAGCAGCAAAAAGAUGCUGUGGAGACUAAGGAGAAGUUAACGGGUUUCGCACUGCCAGUGCUUACUGAGUAAGCACUGAGCACGAAACGCAUAGACUUUUCCGCUGUCUGGGUAUUUUGGAUUUUUUAUUGUAUACAGCCAGGUGAGCUGAGAUAGCACCCAAGUGUAGGGAAG